UCGCCAUCCUCCCAUAUACCAUAUACAUAUCUGAUCAUAACCAACAAACCCUAGAUUUUUCCCCUUUCUCCCUUCCCCUGAAAGUGAAAAUCCUAGGAAAAUUAAGAAAUAAAAACAAAAUCGAUUCAGGGUUUGCAGAAGUAAUUACUGAUUAUAUUAGAUGGGGACGGAGAGGAAGAGGAAGGUGAGUUUGUUCGACGUGGUGGACGAGUCGACUGUGGCGGCGUCGAAGUUCGCGAAGGCUAACGGCAGCGUUGGAGGAGACGGGAUGCCGCUGACCAAUCGCUGGAAUGGCCGGCCUUAUUCGGCAAGAUACUACGAGAUUCUGGAGAAGAGGAAGACUCUACCUGUUUGGCAGCAGAAAAACGAUUUCUUGAAGGCCUUGAGAGAAAACCAAACCCUAAUUUUGGUGGGUGAAACUGGUAGUGGUAAAACCACUCAGAUUCCUCAAUUUGUACUGGAGGCUGUUGAAAUAGAGUCCGCAGAUAAACGGAGGAAAUACAUGAUUGGGUGUACGCAACCUAGAAGAGUGGCUGCAAUGUCUGUCUCUCGUCGAGUUGCUGAAGAGAUGGAUGUGACCAUUGGGGAGGAAGUGGGUUAUAGCAUUCGUUUUGAAGAUUGCAGUAGUGCAAGAACUGUGUUGAAGUAUCUAACAGAUGGUAUGCUCUUGAGAGAAGCUAUGACGGACCCAUUGUUGGAACGAUACAAAGUUAUAAUUCUUGAUGAAGCUCAUGAGAGAACUCUUGCAACAGAUGUUUUAUUUGGGCUUCUUAAGGAAGUGCUGAAAAACCGGCCUGAUCUGAAGUUAGUAGUUAUGAGUGCCACCCUUGAAGCUGAAAAGUUCCAAGGCUAUUUCUAUGCUGCACCUCUCAUGAAAGUUCCUGGAAGGCUUCAUCCAGUAGAGAUUUUCUACACUCAAGAACCGGAAAGGGAUUACCUUGAAGCUGGCAUACGAACUGUGGUGCAGAUACAUAUGUGUGAACCUCCUGGUGACAUCCUUGUUUUUCUCACUGGAGAAGAAGAGAUUGAGGAUGCAUGUCGUAAGAUAACCAAGGAAAUUGGCAAUAUGGGAGAUCAGGUAGGGCCUGUCAAAGUAGUGCCUCUGUAUUCUACACUUCCUCCUGCCAUGCAACAAAAAAUUUUUGAACCUGCUCCGGCUCCAUUGGUGGAAGGUGGUCCUGCUGGAAGGAAGAUUGUUGUCUCUACAAAUAUUGCUGAAACAUCUUUGACCAUAGAUGGCAUAGUUUAUGUUAUAGACCCAGGUUUUUCCAAGCAAAAAGUAUAUAAUCCUAGAGUUCGUGUCGAGUCUUUAUUGGUUUCUCCAAUAUCGAAGGCAAGUGCUCACCAAAGAUCUGGACGUGCUGGACGAACACAGCCAGGAAAAUGUUUUAGGCUCUAUACUGAGAAAAGUUUUCAAAAUGACCUCCAGCCACAGACGUAUCCGGAAAUAUUACGAUCAAAUUUGGCAAAUACUGUUCUUACAUUGAAGAAGCUUGGCAUAGAUGACUUAGUCCAUUUUGAUUUCAUGGAUCCUCCUGCCCCUGAGACAUUAAUGAGAGCAUUGGAGGUGUUAAAUUAUUUGGGUGCCUUGGAUGAUGAUGGUAAUAUGACCAAACUAGGUGAAAUUAUGAGUGAAUUCCCCCUGGACCCGCAGAUGGCUAAAAUGCUUGUUGUCAGCCCAGAAUUCAACUGCUCGAAUGAAAUUCUGUCCAUCUCUGCUAUGCUUUCAGUACCAAAUUGCUUUGUCCGGCCUAGGGAGGCUCAAAAAGCUGCAGAUGAAGCAAAAGCUCGUUUUGGUCACAUUGAUGGGGAUCAUCUGACGCUGUUGAAUGUAUACCAUGCGUACAAGCAGAAUAAGGAGGAUCCACAAUGGUGUUAUGAAAACUUUGUCAAUCACCGUGCACUUAAAGCUGCAGAUAAUGUAAGGCAGCAACUAUCUCGGAUCAUGGUUAGAUUCGGCCUCAAGUUAUGCAGCACAGACUUCAACAGCCGUGACUACUAUGUCAAUAUCAGAAAAGCCAUGUUGGCUGGCUAUUUCAUGCAGGUGGCUCACUUGGAGCGUUCUGGGCAUUACUUGACUGUUAAGGACAAUCAAGUGGUUCAUUUGCACCCUUCGAAUUGCUUGGACCAUAAACCAGAGUGGGUUAUUUAUAACGAGUAUGUUUUGACCAGCAGGAAUUUCAUUCGCACAGUAACUGAUGUUCGUGGGGAGUGGUUGAUAGACAUAGCGCCACAUUAUUAUGAUCUCACAAACUUCCCAAAUUGUGAGGCAAAGCGUGUCCUGGAGAGAUUGUACAAGAAGAGGGAGAGAGAGGGAGAGGAGAGCAAGAAUAAGAAGUGAAGAUCAAGCAUAUUGUUUGUGCACUUCUAAAUGUGGCCUGUGGUUGAAAAAGGUGGAGGCUGUGGUCAAAGCAGAGAUUUGUAUUAUUAUUUGAACUUGGUUCUUAUUGAAACUUCAUUCGGUAUGCUUAAAUGGCUAUGCAGUUAGUUUUCUUCUGCUUCUGUCUGAGGUUCACGAGUGCUGUAUCCGCGUGUUUUACAUAACAUCACCUGUUUCCCCUCCCCUCCCCCCACCCGAAAAAAAAAAAAAACCCUCUUUUCCCUCCCUCCCUUUCAUCUCUUUCUCUAGUUAGGGAACAUAUGAUCUGUGGGAUUGUAACAGAUCUCUAAGCGAGAUUUCUCCUUUAGUUUAGUGCACUUACCUUAUUCUCCAAUCCUCCGAUGCUGAUAGGACGUGUGCGUGUGUAUUGGAGUAAAUGUACACACCUAGUUGGGACUGUUAAAGCAAUUGGGCCAAUUUGAGAUUGGUCCGUUUGGUUUAAAGAAGCUCACUGAACCU